CUGAUUUGAUUUUCAAGUAACACAUUAUUUUGAAACAAAGCCUCGUAGGACCGAAGGGCCCAAAGAUAAAAAUAAACAACCUUUUAGCGCUUUGAUUAGCCACACGUAUAUUUGUCGAAGUGACAUAGAUGGAGUUCUUGUCUACCUUAAAUUUUUCCAUCUUUCAACCAUUCUCUUCCCUUUUUUCUAUUUUUUGUCAAAUAAUUCAAUUAUAUGUUCUUAGAUGAAAUGUGCUUAAUUUUUAUUCUAAUCGAAAUUAUUCGAGUUUUUUUUAUGAAGAAAAACAAACGUUGGAUUGCUUUAAAUUCUAACGAUUUACAUAACAUUACGUGGCUUUCAUCGUUAAUUUUUAAAAUAGCAUAAAAAAAUAAUUAAUCUUACAAUUUAUUAUACAAACAUACACACCUACACACGUAUGCAGCUAGGUAAAUUUAAGAAUGAGCAAUCAACUAUCUAUACAUGUCUCUUAUCAUACCAGUGCAUAAAUAUAGAAAUGUACUUUUACCUUUAGAAGAUACUACAAGCAGUUAUGGAUACAAUGUUUCCACUACAUGUGCUUUUGUAUCUACUUGUAUAGGUCUAAUUAGUCUUGCAAUAUUAUACGAGGCCAUGAAAAUAUCCCAGAUUAAAUUGGACCAAAUUGCGAUAUUUAAACCAAAACCUAUUUCUAGAUCUUCAGAGAAUUCUUCUUUGUUAUCUAAAAUGACACCAAGAUCCUUUGCUUCUUUCUCUUCUAUGAAUUGGUAUUUGUACAAUAAUGGCUGCGGAAAAUGGAUAUUACAAGUACUUCAUUGGUCUAUUCAUACCACGCUUGGUUACAUACUUAUGAUGGCAAUUAUGACAUAUAACGUAUAUAUUAGUAUUGCCCUUGCUAUCGGAGGUUCCUUGGGAUACUGGAUAUUUGGUCCUGCCUUGAUAGAAUUAAAUAUGAGUCAAUUUCGAAAAAGACAAAAGAUCAUUAAGUGCGACAAGGAAUGCUUAGAUGCUAUUCUUAACCAAGAAAGGCGCGAGUCUGCUGUCUCUGUUAUUGCGGAACAAUUAGUAUUAGAAGCAACGGCAGAGAUUCAUACACCUAGAGAUGUCUGAGAAGAUAUGUUUCCUUGACUCGAUUGGAAUUAAUCUCAAGUGUAAAAUUUAAUUGAAAGAACAAUUUAUACUUUUCACAAUUCCCAUCAUCAUUUUUACAGAUAUGUGUUUGUGGCUACAAUCAAGAACAAGAGAAAGUACAAUAAAAUGAAUAAAAAAUAAAAUCAUUGAAAACAAACAAAA